AUGGUCUGUUACGGAAAGCAGAGUGAGCAGGCCAGUCAAGAGCCGAGUCACGGUGUAUGGCCCUUCCAAACCCGCGGCUCACGCACGCCUUACCGCACCUUGAUGACCGAGUCCGGCGCAGGUUUGCCCAACUCUGCUGCUAGCCAGCUAGGCUUGGUAGAAUCAACGCCCAGCGAGGGCCACGACAAUUUGCUCAGGCUGAAAGAUGCUUACUCCGUGCAAUUGAGAACAUAUCACUCCCCCGCCAGCGUCGCUUCACAUCCUAGCUCUGUGGAGAGGCUCGAAACAUCUCAAUGUACGGUGUAG